UAGUAUGUAUAUAUUUAUAAAAACGUAGGUCAAAACCUUCGGACUAGUUCCUUUAUUUUUUAAUACAUUUCAUUCACGUUUUUCCAUUCAACUUGCUUUCCUAUGAACGCUGCUUUUGAACGUCAUCGCGACGCCUGUUAGAAACACAAGCUCUAAAUGGCCUCUUAGUUUUGGAUAUGGAUAAGGAAACAAAGAGUAGCAUUGAUAUUUCAACAAAGGAAUUAGUUUCUAAAGGAGCUGUUGUACUGCGGCGGGGGGCAGGAGGGGGGAUGGGGUGUUGUACUGCGUUGGAGGGCAAGUGAGGGACACUUUGCUGUUUAUCAACUUGAAUUGGAUAGUCCACUUUGCUGUGACGAAGGGCUGAUGCUCAAAACGUCAGCUUCACGAAUUUUCUACGGCAAUUAACUUAUCUUUAUCCAUUUGAAGGCGAUAAUAAAAUGGCUAAGUGACUGACAUUUCAAAUUGGGUUUGAGUAAUUGUUGCUCUGUUUGCUAUGUUUUAUCGAAGAAAUUAUUUUCAAAGAAGCACCGAUAAGCGGCGCUUUUUCGAGAUACGCUGUGUCCGAGAAAGAUUGGGAAUGAGUUCCGCGUUCCCGCCUCGCGAAGAUCGAACGUAGAAAAGUUUAUGCACAAGAGCAUAAUUUUCACUGAUCUGCAAUGCCACCAUGCGUGCUUCUAUCGUGUUUCUCUGUAUUUUAGUUGCAUUGCUAGCUAUAGUUUUUAACAGAAUAUACCAGAGAUUGUUCAACGUGUUCGUUCCAGACGAUUUCCCGAAAAAUUCAACAUGGCAGUUCCGGAUCGUAGGAUUUAGCUUCGGCCUGACCAAAGACUUGGCUUACCUAGGCUCUCUUGUUGGACUGGGCGAUAGUUAUUACUCAAACAUGGCUUCCUUGUUCGCAUUCACAAGCGGAAUAUUCAAGAACAACAGUUACUACAAUGUUUUAGAAAUCAAUGACACAGAAAUAUUUGGAGUGAGUGUGAGGAUAUACAAACCUGUGAUUAAAACAAACAAGUCUGCAAAAAACAUAGCUAAUGAAGAAGGGUUGCUGCCAGGAGUAAUUUAUUUUCAUGGCGGUGGGUGGACGGUAGGUACUUUAGAUGGAUAUGAUGAUUUUUGCCGCAGACUUGCUGUCUCAGCUCAAGUCGUUGUUGUGAGUGCAGAUUACAGGCAAGCUCCUUAUUACAUUUACCCAACACAGUUCAAUGACUGUUACAAUGUCGCAGUGGGACUCCUCAAUACUGGCACAAACUAUGGUGUUGACGUCAAACGUGUGAUAUUGGUUGGCGACAGUGCUGGUGGCAACCUGGCUGCAGCAGUUUCUCAUUAUCUUGCAAUGAUCUCUGAGAAGCACUGUAGGCAGAAUUUUCUUAGAGCUCAGAUUCUUAUCUAUGCUCCUUUCCAGUUCUUGGACUUCAAUUUGCCCUCAUACAAGAUGAAUGCAGCAAAUGAAAUCCUUUCUCAAGAAGAUCAUGUCAACUUUGUCUCUUUGUACCUAAAUGGUUCUACAGACCUCACAGAAAUUCUUUUAUCUGGCAAUCAUUCACAACAUCUGCAAGGAUCACAGUUCAUGUCAUAUCUUCACAAGUCAUCGGACAGUCUCAUGCAUGAAGACCCACCAACAGAACUGACCUCUCUUGCAUUAGAGGCACUGACACAUUUCAAAGCAUCCCCUCUAAUGGCAAAGGACUUCAGGGGUAUACCGCCAACAUUUGUUAUUACUGCUGAAUUUGAUGUUUUGAGAGAUGAAGGUUUCUUUUAUGCAGAGCGGUUAUGGAGUACCAAGAUUAAGGUCAAACACAAGAACUACAGGUCAUUUCAUGGCUUUGUAACAUUGGCAACUGAAGGAGGACCAGCUAUGACUGAUGAAGGAGAUGAAGCUUUUGCUGACAUAGUAGAGUACAUAAAAGACAUGACAAACAUGUGCACUAACAAACUCCAGUUCUUGGACCUCAAUUUGCCCUCAUUCGAGAUGAAUGCAGCUAAUGAAAUCCUUUCUCAAGAAGAUCAUGUGAACUUUGUUUCUUUGUACCUAAAUGGUUCUACAGACCUCACAGAAAUUCUUUUAUCUGGCAAUCAUUCACAACAUCUGCAAGGAUCACAGUUCAUGUCAUAUCUUCACAAGUCAUCAGAAAGUGUCAUGCAUGAAGAGCCACCAACAAAACAAACCUCUCUUGCAUUAGAGGCACCGACGCAUUUCAAAGCAGCCCCUUUAAUGGCAGAGGACUUCAGGGGUGUACCACCGACAGUUAUUAUUACUGGCAACUUUGAUGUUUUGAGAGGUGAAGGUUUCUUUUAUGCAGAGCGGUUACAGAGUGCAAAGAUUAAGGUCAAACACAAGAACUACAGGUCUUUUCAUGGCUUUGUAACGUUGGUAACUGAAGGAGGACCAGCUAUGACUGAUGAAGGAGAUGAAGCUUUUGCUGACAUAGUGCAAUACAUAAAAGACAUGACAAGCAGUUAGUGCUACGGAGGUAAAAAAAUGUCUUGCACACAAUCCACAUCUCCUAUACAUGUCAUCAUCUGAUCUUGUCACUUGAGAAGGUGCAUAAGGCCAUCACAUUGCAGGGGUGUCAUUAAGGGUUGGGUACCCUGGGCAAAUUAAGGGUCGGGUACCCUAGCUAACUGAGGACAAUUUUUCCUGCCUGGUUUGACCAACCAGAGGAAAAUUUUUCAGUUCAAAAAGUUUUAACCACCUGUGAAAGCCAGUUGUCCCCAUGCUGGAAAUGUUAAUAAAACCCCUGCAUUGACGACCCAACACUCACUGCUCCUUGCCGGGACUUUGGCCAUUUUCAACCUCAUACAUACAGUCUUGUUCCUGAUCCUUUCUCAUCAGUCCCACUCAAACUCAGGUCCUAUAGGUUUCCCUUGUCCACCCCCUUGCAUCAAACAGUCAUUCUCACCUUCUUUUCUAACUGCUAGUUGGCUAAGCCAGUUCCACCUUCUAUGUUGUAUCUCUUAAUUUGUAUAAGUCAUGCACUUGGUGCUUAAUGUUAGUUCUUGAAGAGACAAAGUGAUUAGGAUAGCUGAAAAAAUUCACAGUUGCAUUCAAUUUUUUCUAUCUUUUAUCAACUUUGCAAACGUACUACUUAAUAAGUUAGUUUUAACAUCAGUUUAGAGACAUACAAGUUGCCAAAUCAAUACACUCAAGUUUUUUUAAACUACAUCCGUUUACAACUCAAAAAAUUAUAGUCUUGAUGUUUCAUAUUAUUUACCCACUAGGGUUACAUGUACAGCUGUAAAUACUGUUGAACAUACUUUUUGAGUACAGUGUACAAAAUAUUCACCUUGUUCACUACAGUAAUUUAAUUGGAACUAAGUUCUUAAUUAUUUAUUGUAAGGUAUUUUAUUUAUCCAGAAUACAGUGCAUUAUAGUAGGUUCUUGUCAACAGUUUUUAAUUGUCUUUGAAAGAAACUUUUUUAAAAGGAUAGUAGACAGUAAAGCCUGCAGAGUCAAAGCAGAACACUCAGUAAAACAUGUUCACUGUCAUCCUGGAUGGAGAGGAGGGCAACCAACUUUUUAAUUGGAUGUGGGUUAAUAUGGUUAGUUUUUUUUUAUUUUGUAUAUAGAUAAAAGUAGUGUGAAGUGAAAUAGUACAACCAAAACCCAGGAAGAUAGUUACGAUUUUUAUUCAUGUCUAGCCUGAUUUUCUCAGAUCAUUUACGAUGUGAUACAAGCAAAUAACUACAAAAGCUAUAUAGAACUGAAUGAGUGAGGAUGCAAUAAAGUCAAAAAAGAAACAGCUGUGUGAAGACUAUUUAUUAUUUCUUUCUACAUUGCUGUUAUGUUGUAGAUCUAUUACAAAUCGAUUACCACCUAACAAUAAUUUCAUUAAAAUAUCACAAUCAUGAAUGGCUGUAAUAAACUUCUGUUAAAACUAAGUUUGGUGGAGAAACCAUAAGUCUGGGCAUUACUUUACAUUGUGUCAUUUUUUAAAACAAUAUUUCUUUUAAUUCUACAUAUCCCACGUUGCUCUCAUUCUGAAAUCAACAGCAACUGAGUUGUUUCUAAAAUCCAUGAUACAUACACAAAAAAUGUAGUGUAAACCCCAACCUGAGAAAGAGGUGACCGCUUGAGGUUGUUCACUAAUUCUAGAUCCAGUACUGUAUUAAUGUAAUAAAUAUUUUUUCUUUUAAAUGGGAGUGAAUCGAAGUAAAUAAGAAAUCUGUUCGCACGAUAAACCAUAGCCUCCUACACAGACACUCUUCAGGCUCAUCAUGCAAUCUUCCUCCUGUUCGUGGGGGAAAACGUAUGCAUGAUGAGCCUAAAGAGCAUCUGCAUAGGAGAUGAGAUAAGCCAUGACAAAGAGAAGCUGUUGUAAGUGAUCACCAAUGGGACUUGGGACUAGUGGUCAUAGCUAGUAGAGCUGGUAGGUUCCAUUAAUGAAAUCUCAUAACUGACCACUCACAGUGUAGACGUACAAGUUGGUUGACUACAUGCAGUGGUGGAUCCAGACCUCAUUACAAGGUGGCGACCUAAAUUUUUUCUACAGUUAAGGUGUGGUGCAAAAGAUUUUAGAUUUUAGGCCCUUCAGGCCUGAAGUAUUUUUCCUAAUAAGGGGCUUGGGAGGGGGGGAAGUAUACUCGGAAUGCAGUGUGACUCCCUG